UAUUGUAAGAGGUAUUGAAGAUGGAAAAGUGGAUGGAUUUUGUGAUGGUGAUGAUGGUGUCAUUAUUGACAUUCAUUGUUGGAGAAGAAGAUGGUGUUACAUAUGAUGGAAGGUCUUUACUCAUUCAUGGCCAGAGGAAACUCCUCUUCUCUGGCUCUAUUCAUUAUCCUCGAAGUACUCCGAAGAUGUGGCCAGAUUUGAUAGGCAAAGCAAAAGAAGGAGGAUUGGAUGUUAUUCAAACCUAUGUGUUUUGGAAUUUACACGAGCCUCAACCUGGACAGUAUGAUUUCAGUGGUAGAUAUGACUUGGUCAGAUUCAUAAAGGAAAUCCAAGCUCAAGGCUUGUAUGUUUGCCUCAGAAUUGGACCUUUCAUUGAGAGUGAAUGGACAUACGGGGGAUUCCCAUUUUGGUUACAUGAUGUGCCUGGAAUUGUUUACCGAACAGACAAUGAGCCAUUCAAGUUCUACAUGCAAAAUUUUACAACAAAAAUAGUGAACAUGAUGAAAGCUGAGGGCUUAUAUGCUUCACAAGGAGGCCCAAUUAUAUUGUCACAGAUUGAAAACGAAUAUCAAAACGUGGAAAGGUCAUUCGGUGUGGGAGGACCACAGUAUGUUCAAUGGGCUGCAAAAAUGGCACUGAGCCUUGACACUGGUGUUCCAUGGGUUAUGUGCAAGCAAACUGAUGCUCCUGAUCCAGUGAUCAAUACAUGUAAUGGCAUGAGAUGUGGAGAAACCUUUCCAGGCCCAAACUCGCCCAACAAGCCCAAAUUAUGGACCGAAGACUGGACUUCUUUUUAUCAAGUGUAUGGUGGGUUGCCAUAUAUAAGAUCUGCACAAGACAUUGCAUUUCACGUCACUCUUUUUAUUGCAAGAAAUGGAAGCUAUGUCAACUAUUAUAUGUACCAUGGUGGAACUAACUUUGGGAGAACAGCCUCUGCUUAUGUUAUAACAGCAUAUUAUGAUCAAGCCCCUCUUGAUGAAUAUGGUUUGUUGAGGCAACCUAAGUGGGGACAUCUUAGGGAAUUGCAUGCUGCAAUCAAGUCUUGCUCUUCAACUUUGUUGCAAGGAGUUCAAAGUAAUUUCUCUUUAGGUAAAUUGCAAGAGGGUUAUGUUUUUGAAGAAGAACAUGGAGGAUGUGUUGCAUUCCUCAUAAACAAUGAUGGAGUGAAUAACACAAAUGUCCAAUUCCGCAACAAAACCUAUGAAUUGCUACCUAAGUCAAUUAGUAUCUUACCAGAUUGUCAAAAUGUCACAUUCAAUACAGCAAAUGUAAAUACAACAAACAACACAAGAAUCUAUUUUAAUAGACAAAACUUCAGCUCAAUAGAUGAUUGGGAGAAAUUUGAAGAUGUGAUUCCAAAUUUUGAUGACACCCCACUCAGAUCAAACACUCUGCUUGAACAAAUGAAUACAACUAAAGACAAAUCAGAUUACCUUUGGUACACUACUAGGUUUGAAUAUAAUUUAUCUUGUAGCGAACCAACACUUGUUGUUGAGUCCAGGGCACAUGUUGCUCAUGCUUUUGUCAACACCACAUAUAUAGGUGGAGCACAUGGAAAUCAUGAUGUAAAGUCAUUCACAUUAGAGCUCCCAGUUACAGUGAAUGAAGGGACAAACAACCUUUCUAUCCUCAGUGUUAUGGUUGGACUACCGGAUUCAGGGGCAUAUCUGGAAAAAAGAUUUGCUGGCUUAAGGGAUGUGGAACUCCAAUGUAGUGAACAGGAGUCACUUAGUUUGACCAAUUCCACUUGGGCAUAUCAGGUUGGAUUAUUGGGAGAGAAAUUACAAGUAUAUAAAGAACAAAAUAGCAAUGAUACUGAAUGGACUCCACUGGAAAAUAUUACCACUCAGAUGCUUGUUUGGUAUAAGAGUACAUUUGAAACACCAGAGGGUGAUGACCCUGUUGCAUUGGACCUAAGCUCAAUGGGUAAAGGUGAAGUUUGGGUUAAUGGACAGAGCAUUGGUCGCUAUUGGAUCUUAUUCCAUGAUUCCAAAGGCAACCCUUCACAAUCAAUGUAUCAUGUGCCACGGUCUUUCCUUAAAGACAAGUCUGAAAAUGUGUUGGUUUUGGUUGAAGAAGGUGGUGGGAAUCUCCUCUCCAUAACCCUAAACACUGUUGUUGUCGCUAAUUUUCAUCAAUCCAGAUCUAAAUCCUUUGCUUAAUGCUAAUAAUAAAUAUUCAUUUUGUAUACUCUUGGAUGGUAAUUUGUA